GUACUCUCUGGUGAAGUUGGGACUCUUGGCAUUCUGGAUAUCUUCGGCUCUUCUCUGUUGCAUGUGUUGCUGCGGAUGCCGUUGUUUUCGGAAGAAGUCCUCAACAGAAGAGCCUUCGAAGAAGAAUGGCAACAAGGCCUCCAAGGCGGCUGAAAAGGGCAAGGCAGCCACGGCGCCAGCGAACGCGACCAACAAGUCCGCCCAGAGCAAGAAGAAAUGA